UGAUCACGGCUCUCUGAAAGGGGCGCAUGCUCAUAGCAGGUCCACGCUGGAGGUUCCAAUCUUUUGGUUCAUUCAUGGGGAUCCAUUAUUGGUUGAUAAACAUUAUCAGGCCAGAGCACUUUCUGACAUGGUUAUUGUUGUCCAGUCAGAGGCAUCAUCCUGGGAAAGCCAUCUCCAGUGUAAUGGGCAAUCACUUCUAUGGGAUCUAAGAAUGCCCAUAAAAGCUGCAUUGGCUGCUGUUUCUGAACAUAUGGCUGGUUUGCUUCCCCUUCAUCUAGUCUACAGCCAUGCCCAUGAAACUGCAAUUGAGGACUGGAUUUGGUCAGUUGGAUGCAACCCAUUUUCCAUUACUUCUCAAGGCUGGCACAUAUCACAGUUUCAAUCUGAUACUAUUGCUCGGAGUUAUAUCAUCACAACUCUUGAUGAAUCAAUACAAGUGGUGAAUUCAGCCAUUCAUCUACUACUGAUGGAGCGUACAUCGGAAAAAACCUAUAAAUUCUUUCAGUCUCAGGAGCAUGAGCUGGUGAACAAGUAUAAUUAUGUAGUUAGCUUGUGGAGAAGAAUUUCAACUGUUAGUGGAGAGUUGCGGUAUGUGGAUGCCUUGAGACUGCUAUAUACCUUGGAGGACGCAUCAAAACAGUUUGUCAAUCAAGUUAAUGCAACUAUAGCCCUUUUCCACCCAAUUCACUGCACAAAAGAGAGGAAAGUACAUGUGGUGUUUGAUGUAACAACGAUUCCUGCAUUCGUAGUUGUUCUGGGUAUUCUCUUUAUUGUGUUAAAGCCAAGACGAUCAAAGCCUAAGAUUAAUUGAGACUAAUUGAGAUCAUGGUUACAAAGUGUUCGUGUUGGUCAGUGCAUGGCGUUUUGGAGAUAUCUUUGAGGCGAAUGACAUCACAUUUUUAUGCCCAAUAGUUAUAUAGGUUAUACUUGAAUUGACUUUACUUCCGUUCUGUCAGGGCAGCAUAGCUUUAUUGAAAUGAUAGUUGAUGAGAGAGAUAAUAGGAAUUAGAAUGCAGUCACAAUGACCAGGCCAAGGUCACAAGUAUUAUUUUAGGCUUCAUGUAUUGUACUUGUUAACAUGGUUGACCAGAAAUCUUCCCAUGUGUCUGAAGUUUUAUUAGUUCUUGUUCAUCCCUUGUAACCUAGCUUGGCCGGAAGUGCUAGAAAUGCAACAGAUCUAUCUCAUCUCUUCAAUGGACUUGUAAAUUCUUUUUGUUUGCUGACAAUGUAACAAUACUGAAAAUUUUGCUGUGGUACAUUGUAUAAUAGGUCUUUAGCCUCUUCAAUGGCGUUGUUUCCUGUGACAUUUCUUAUUGAAAUGGCUUGCAAUUAAUUUAGAUAAAUGAAAUA